ACAACUUUCCUCAAGCUACAAAACAACAAUUCCUCAAUAGCUAGACGCAUGAGACCCGUUUAUACCCCAGUAAUAAACUAUUUCCACCUAAUUCUAUAGUAUCUGCAUUAAUGUCUUAACAACCCUCGACAACCAUGACCAGCGACGACCGUCAAUUCCUCGACCUCCUCGCCCACAUCUCCGACCAGGUCGCCAAAUUCACUACCACCGCAGCCGAACACUUUGACGCCUCGGUCGACACCGCCGCCGCCUCCAUCCGCCACGCCAUCGACUCCCUCCAACCCCCUCCCCCUCCGCCACCGCCGCCGCCGCGCGUCGCGACAAGCUUCCUAACACAUGGGCCGCUGGGCCGGGUAUUUGGGCCGGUGACGCGAUGGUGUGAGCGCCAUGUGCUAGCGGCGUGGACGAUCGGGACGUUUGUGGGGGUGGGAGGGAUGGCGGCAGGGGUGCAGUGGUGGAGGUAUCAGGGGGCGCGGAGGGUGGGGAAGAUGAGAGCAAAGAGGGGGGAAAGGGGGGAGAGGGUAGAGGUGGUGGUGGUGGGAGGGGGUUGGUCGGGGUUGGUGAGGAGUGUGGCGUUGUCGUUGGAGAGGAGGGGGUAUAUUGUGUUUGUGAUGGUGGAGACGAGGGAGGAGGAGGAGGCGGUGGGGAGGGAGGGGAGGGAAGGGUUGCGGGCGAUGUGGUUCGAGCCAUCGAACGCGGAUCGCUGCUUGGAGAAUCUCAGGAGCACGCUCUCCAAGGACGCCAUCUCCUCCGACACCGCCCACAGCCGCACUCUCACCGCCGCCAUCCUCAUCCCCCCCCUCCCCACCUCCAUCACCGCUACCGAAACCCUCCCCCCCUCCACUUGGACCACCGCCCUGUCCGCCCUCCACGCCACCAUCACCACCACCCAAUCACUCAUCCCCCUCCUCCGCACCUCCCACGCUCGCCUCCUCCUCCUCACCCCCAACGCCGUCUCCGCCCUCCACCCGCCCCGCCACGCCCAGGAAAGCACCCUCCUCUCCGCCCUUGCCGGCUUCGUUGCCUCCCUCCGCCACGAGCUCGCGCACGACGGCGUCCCCGUCACGCAUCUCCGCACGGGGUCGAUCGACCACCACACGAGCGGGUCGGCAGAGGACGAUCCGGACGAUCCGCGCCGAGGGAGAGGGGAACCGGGCGCGGUAAGGAGGAAUCAGGAGGCGUUCAUGCGGAUUAAUCGGGCGGUGGUGGGUGCAUUGACGACGCGGUGGGCGGGGGGGACGGUGAGGGUGGGGAUGGGGGCGUGGGGGUAUGAUUUGGUGGAGCGGUGGGUGCCGGAGGGGGUGGUAGGGUGGAUGAUGGGGAGGAAGAGGAGGGGGAAGCGGAGGGUGGAAAGGGGGUUAUUAGAGUUUGGGGAGGGGUCGUGGCAUCAGGUGUAA